GAGCCUCGUUCCCGGGCCGUAUAAAGUUUGCUGUCUCCUUUGUUCGCCCUCGUUGCGCAGUACUGCGAGCGCCUUACAGCUUCCGUUCUCAGGGUCGGCCGCCCUCCCGCGUGCCGAGCUGCUAGGAAGCCGCUGUUGGCGAGCUCGUAGGAGCUUGAGACCGUCGUCACCUCUCCAAUUUUAACCAGGGGGGAAAAAUGGUUGAGGCAGAUCGCCCAGGAAAGCUCUUUAUCGGUGGCCUCAAUACAGAAACAAAUGAGAAAGCCCUUGAAGCAGUAUUUGGCAAAUAUGGACGAAUAGUGGAAGUUCUCUUGAUGAAAGAUCGUGAAACCAAUAAAUCUAGAGGAUUUGCUUUUGUCACCUUUGAAAGCCCAGCAGAUGCUAAGGAUGCAGCCAGAGACAUGAAUGGAAAGUCCUUAGAUGGAAAAGCCAUCAAGGUAGAACAAGCCACUAAACCGUCAUUUGAAAGUGGCAGACGUGGACCACCUCCACCUCCAAGAAGCAGAGGCCCUCCCAGAGGUCUUCGAGGAGGAAGAGGAGGAAGUGGAGGAACCAGGGGACCUCCAUCCCAUGGAGGGCACAUGGAUGAUGGUGGCUAUUCCAUGAAUUUUAACAUGAGUUCUUCCAGGGGACCACUUCCGGUAAAAAGAGGACCACCACCACGAAGUGGGGGUCCUCCUCCUAAAAGAUCUGCCCCUUCAGGACCAGUUCGAAGCAGCAGUGGAAUGGGAGGAAGAGCUCCUGUAUCACGUGGAAGAGAUAGUUACGGAGGUCCACCUCGAAGGGAGCCCUUGCCCUCUCGUAGAGAUGUUUAUUUGUCCCCAAGAGAUGAUGGAUAUUCUACUAAAGACAGCUAUUCGAGCAGAGAUUACCCAAGUUCUCGUGAUACAAGAGAUUAUGCACCACCACCAAGAGAUUAUACUUACCGUGAUUAUGGUCAUUCCAGUUCACGUGAUGACUAUCCAUCAAGAGGCUAUAGUGAUAGAGAUGGCUAUGGUCGUGAUCGUGACUAUUCAGAUCAUCCAAGUGGAGGUUCCUACAGAGAUUCAUAUGAGAGUUAUGGUAACUCACGUAGUGCUCCACCUACACGAGGGCCCCCGCCAUCUUAUGGUGGAAGCAGUCGCUAUGAUGAUUACAGCAGCUCACGUGACGGAUAUGGUGGAAGUCGAGACAGUUACUCAAGCAGCCGAAGUGAUCUCUACUCAAGUGGUCGUGAUCGGGUUGGCAGACAAGAAAGAGGGCUUCCCCCUUCUAUGGAAAGGGGGUACCCUCCUCCACGAGAUUCCUACAGCAGUUCAAGCCGCGGAGCACCAAGAGGUGGUGGCCGUGGAGGAAGCCGAUCUGAUAGAGGGGGAGGCAGAAGCAGAUAUUAAAAACAAACAACUUUGGACCAAAAUCCCUGUUCAAAGAAACAAACAAAAGUGGAACCUGUUCUAUCAUAACUACCCAAGGACUACUAAAAGGAAAGAUUGUGUUACUUUUUUUAAAUUUCCUGUUAAGUUCCCCUUCCAUAAUUUUUAUGUUCUUGUGAGGAAAGAAAGUAAAACAUGUUUAAUCUUUGAUUUUAUGACAUUGCUUUCAACAAGCAAAUGAAACGUUAAGUGUGUUUAAGACUUGACAUGUGUACUAGUGGUGUAAUCUUCCAAGUAAAAGUGUCCCUAAAGGCCACUUCUUAUAGGAUUUUCCCCAGUAAAUGAUGAGGCAAGCAGUUUAUCUUACACAAAAUAUCUAGUCAUCUAAAAUGGAGAGAUGAAUCCUCCUGCCUAUAUAAACAAGCUAGCUAUUAGAGGGUGGUCGGGGUAUGCUACUCUUAAGAUUUCAGAGUGUCUUCAAACUGAAAUCUCAAAUGUUCUCAGUAUGAAAAACCUGAGAUCAGAUGCAUAUAUGUAAGGAAAGUGCUAUUCACCCAGUAAACCCAGAAAAAAGCAAAUGGAUAAUGCUGGCCAUAUUUUGCCUUUCUGACAUUUCCUUGGGAAUCUACAAGAACCUCCCCUUUCCCCCUCCCCAAUAAGACCAUUUAAGUGUGUGUUAAGCAACUACAGAAUACUAAAUAAAAAGUUUGGCCAAAACCAACCAUGAAGCUGCAAACGAUGCUUGCUCUUACUGUUUCAAAUUUUUGCAACUCUGUAGUGUCUCACUUUUAAGGAACAGCUUGAUUGCAAAGGAGAAAAUAGAUAAGCAAUGAAGUUAUCUCCAACUUCUCAAAGGCUUAUGACUUCUAAAAAGUGAAUCUAUCAGCAUUCCACAUCAGAUUUAAAGCAUCAAAUGCCUGUGAAACAGCAAAGAUGGUUGAGAAUUUUGGUCAUGGUCAUGAUGGUCAUGGAGUGCUGAUUUUUUUCACACUAGAUAAAGCUGGCAACAAGAGAAAUGCAAUGCUAAGAGCUGUUGAAGCGGAAGAAUUGCUGAUUGUCCUUAAGGCACAACAGUUGCAUAAGCAGUACUCAUCAGAAUUGGUUUGGUGCAGACAAGAUUUUUGCCUUCCAGGGUUCCCGUGGCUCUAUGGAAGGCAUCAACCCCAGUUGGUUAGCACUCUUAACUAGGGAGUGGCAGUUUCUUAAAAUAAGUAAUUGACAAGAUGGGGAAAGGGGAGUAAUUAAGGAAAUGGGUAAGUGGAGGUAGUCAGGAAGUUCUUGUGGUUCUUUUUUCAGCUUUGACUUUACUUUAGCUAAGGUCAUAGAAGUGACAUGAAAGUUGCUCAAUUGUGUCCAACUCUGUGACCCCAUGGACUAUACAGUCCAUGGAAUUCUCCGGGCCAGAAUACUGGAGUGGGUAGCCUUUACCAUCUCCAGGGAAUCUUCCCAACCCAGGGAUUGAACCCAGGUCUCCUGCAUUACGGGCAGAUUUUUGACCAGCUGAGCCACAAGGGAAGCCCAAAGUCAUACUGCAACUUAGAACUUCCUAAUUACCAGUGAUUGUCAGAAAGUUGGAUUAGAAAACUGAAAGGCAUAAGAGGUAACUUUAUCCAGUAAAGUGAUUUUUCAGCAAGUAAAAUAUUUCUUACUGUUAGUUUAUCCAAAAGUGAGAUUUAGUCUUAAAACUAAAUGGAAGACUAAUAUCUGGAAACUAAAGUAACUGGAAACAUAGCUGAAAUGCUCGAAAGCACACUUUGAAAACUGGAAACAAAAUUUGGCCGGUUGGCUUCUGCUGUGUGUUUUUUUUUUUUUUUUUUAAAGAAUAGUUGUUUUGUAAGCUUCCUUUACCCCCUACCCCAGUUCAUGUCUUGCAAACAAAUCGUUAAACAGCUUUACCAAUUAUUGCAUUGAAGAUUAGAGCCAAUGGUGUAAAAGCUAAUGUUCUCAAAGGAAACAGAUUUGAGUUGUUGGGUUAGAAGGAACCAACUCAACCUUCUGAAUGUUUACCUAGUAAAUAUCAGUACUAUCAUGUUUACCAUUUGCAGUUGUGGAAAAUAUGCAGAAAUUUAACCCUCAUUUUGAUAGGCUCUUCCAAUCACAGAUCAUGAGGGUAUUGACCAAAUUUAAAAAGCCGUUGCACUUACAUAGCUGUCUUCCUCAAUCAUUCUGUAAUCGAAAUUACUUGGGUCUAUGCUCCCAAGGACCUUUUGGCUCUUGAGAUUUUAUUUAGGUAUCUUGAAGAUAGUGUAGGACAUAGAGACUAAUCAUAGUGAAACAAAUACUAAAUUGAAGAAUGUUUAAUGACCACACAGCUAUUUGGCAAAUAGUUUACUGACCCAGCAGACUGACUUCUGCUCCUGUUGGGAAAAGAAUUGGUCUUGAUUCUUCUGGAUUUAUACUGGUUGUAAAAGAAACAGAAUAACGUGUUUUCCUUGUUUAACUGGUAGUUGAAUAUAGUACUUAGAUAUAAUAGAUGGCUUUUCUCUUUUUGGAAUGUUUUGUAUUUGAACCUAAUAAAACUUGACGUGCA